CUGGGCCAGGGCGGGGUUGGCUGGGAUGGGGGUCAGACUGCUGGCCAAUGCUCUUAUUGUAAACAUGAUGGCCAGAGCAUAGAAUCAAAUGAUACACCUUCAAAUAUAAUACAGCCUUUAUGGACUACACUGUACUGAUAUAUUAUUUAUGAACAACAUGGACAGCCUGCCUCAUCUUCCAUCCCUGAAUUUUCUAUAACGCUUAGCCAUAUUAUUUUUUCAUACUAUAGGUUAUGACAGGGAUAGUCUCAAUGCAUUUUGUUUUUGGGAUGUUUCUUCUAUCGAGUGUAAUUUGAUGAAGUUAUAGGAUGCAACUACAGUAAUGGUGAACCAUUUUUGAGGAUGCGAAGACCCAGAGCGUAGCCACAGGCUUUCUUGGGGAACAAUGUACUCUCCCGUCAACGUUCAAGGACCAGGAUGCCCUGUUGACCCCAGUGAAGUCACACUUACUGGAUGCUCCUGUCUUUCACACUCAUGCAUCCGUGAGAGCUGCUGCUGCCUGCAGACCCACGGGCAAGCCUACACCAGCCAUGGCUCCUUGUUGAGCAUCAAUUUAUCGGGUGCUGCUCGCGCCAUCCCGGUGUUUGAGUGUAAUGCCCUUUGCUCCUGCAGUGACACCUGUUUGAACAGAGUAGUGCAGCGAGGGCUGAGACUACGUUUACAGGUGUUCUCCACUAGCAGCAGGGGCUGGGCUGUGCGGACACUUCAGAGGAUCCCGCGUGGGACGUUUGUAUGCGAGUAUGCAGGGGAGGUCAUCGGCUUUGAGGAAGCACGAAGAAGGCAACUUGCGCAGACAUUUGAGGAUAAUAAUUACAUCAUUGCUGUAAGGGAGCAUGCGGGCUCAGGCUCCAUCACGGAGACGUUUGUAGACCCGGCCAUUGUGGGAAACAUUGGUCGCUUUUUAAACCACUCCUGUUUACCCAACUUGUUCAUGGUGCCGGUCCGUGCACACUCUUCGGUGCCCAGUUUGGCACUGUUUGCUGGCCGGGAUAUUGAGGUUGAAGAGGAGCUAACGUUCGACUACUCAGGAGGCUAUGGAAACCAAACACCUGGACCGGUGCAACAAACUGGCACUGCCGUUCAGGCCAGCAGGACGCUCCAGAGGAAAGCUUGUCACUGUGGUGCCAACAACUGUGCAAAGUUCCUGCCUCUGGAUUUAGCCGUUUUAAACUAACCUAAAUUGAAUGUUUCCUCACAUGAAGUUGCAUUGUUAGUAGCCUGUGUGGUUGAGCCACUAAGAUCUCCAGACUCUUCUAGCAUGAUUAUUUGCUGUUUGGUCUGGGAAUGUGGAGGGAACUCCUUGACAUGUCCCUUCUUGCUUUUUCAGGCAUCAGCGAAUGCCUGCUCUGUGCAGAAUAAAGUCAUCAUGUCCCAGCACAAAAUAUCUUGUUUCCCCUCCAACCCUGCACGCAUUUGUCAAGAGCAGGCUGACACUGGCACUUGCUGAAUAGGUGUCAUUUCAUGUCUCAGCCAGGAAAUAAUUGGUCAUUCCAUAAAGCAAAACCUCGAGCGGUAACAAAUGUCGCCAUAUGCAUCGUGUCAUCCUCAACCAUCUCUUUUUUUUUUAGGUUUUCGCAGCUUCUCAUCGCUCUUGGACCUCAAGAGAGGUGGGACCAAUUAAAACAGACCUGGGGGGUAUUUUGAUUUAGAAACAAGUUUUAUUCCCCAGUCAAAGGAGGAGGAGGAGUGGCCCACUUUAGUAUGACUACUUCUGAAAUCAGGCCCUCCACUCAAUGUGGCCCAUUUUCCAGCUCGCUUUCAUCUUAUUAAUAUCAACAUCUGGGUUAAUUAGAAUGUCUUUCAUGCAGAAAUGGGAUCACUGCUCCAGCCACACCGCGCCUGGGAGACGUGCAAAUGUAGGAGUGGACAAGCAGCCAGGCUGAUUUCAACUUGAUAUUUUCCAUCUAUUAAGCAUAUUCAAUGGUGUUGUGUCAAAUUUGUCUUUUCUUCUUGCAACGACUCGCAAACCUGGUUUUGGUGGACUUUCUGUGUGGUCAGCUCCGUCAAAUACUUUGGUCUCCUUGUGUAUGUAUGCAUGUAUAUUCCGCUGUUCUUCGUGGAAUCUAUGAAGCUUAUAAGAACAACUUCAGUUGUAUGACUCA